AUGGAAGGAGGGGUCUUCCCGCAGCCUGUUCUACGGCCUUCUCGCACUGCACCUGCUGCAAGCGAAUCGAGAGUCGAAACCAAGAACGAAAGCAUGUACAGCAUGAGCGCCACAGGCACAGCACCGGCUAGAAGCAAGCUCAAUACCCAGCUGGAUGCCCUGGAUGCCAGCAGAGGCUCGCACCUGCCGCAAGAGCCCUUUCGUCUUCAGGUGCUCGACGACAGGCAUGGACUCCUCAUCGACAUCCAUCUCAAAGAUGCUCAGUCAGAUGUGUGCAACUUGCUGCAUCAUCUCAAAACCUUCUGA